UGUGUGUCCACGCCAUAGAGCGAGCACACAAACACACACAGAGCGAGCAUCCAGGUCCCACAUCCUGGUACUUUUCAGCGUUGUCAAGGCAGCCUCAGAGCACGGCUGGCUGGCGGAAAGUAGCUGCAGUGUCCUGGCAAAAUAUCUGUCCAAAAACGUUCACAAAACUGUCCCGGAAAGUUAGGUGUAACUAAAAGGACACCUGCAUACCGAUGUGAUGUCUGAGAGUUUUGGAAGCUGCUCUGCAGAGCAAAAACACCUACUGCAGCAUCACAUAGGAGGACACCAUGUAAGUUAGAGGCAGUGAGGAUUCUGGACUGAGGGGAUGAAUUGAAUCAGCGUGACAAAAGAAGAGCCAACCGCUACUGUUGGAUGUGAACUGAUGGGCAGUCCAAGCUAGAGAUAGCAUGCCAACUGCGAAAGGUAAAGGUGGUUCAAUGUCCCACCGCUACCGGCCUGCUGCAGAAUAUGAUGACGCCACCCUCGCCCAAAAGAGAGAAUACUGGAGAACCAAGAAACGAGAACAGAGAGCCAGACUGUCAGAGCAGAGAGGAAAGCCAACAGAAGACAGACAAGGAGAAAAGCUCCUACAUCUAAAUGCCCCUGCAGUGGCGAAUUCCAGUUUAUCCGGCUCCUUUGCUGCAUUCUCAUCUCCUUUGCAGAAUAAUGAUGAGUCAUACAACACAGUCUCUCCGGCAUCACAGAGUGGAAAUACAGUGCGGGACAGGUCAGUUGAAGUCACUGAGAGCCAAAAGGAAAAGUGGCUUCAGACAAUGAAACUCAACAAGGUCUUGCCUCCGUUGCCAGCAUCAUGUUCCAUCUCAGCCAAAGCUGCUGGGCGCAACACAGCUACAGUGAAAUGCCUAACAGCAAGGGGUGCUGUGGGCAGAGCCGUUACCUCACCCACACCCACUGGAACCCAGCUGAACACCAGUUCCUCAGUGCCUCCAGUCAGAGUGACCAGAAUUACCAAUGGCAGCUCCACUAAAACAACACCUCAGCGAUGUGUGUCUAUGCAGGGCGCAUCUGUCCGCAAAACGCAACAUAAGACACAAGUUGCACUACACAUUCAGCCCAAACUCUCACCCACCAAUGUGACCACAGGUAUGAUUCUUGUGUCUUCUCCAUGUGUCCCUGUUGCUAUUAAAACAGAGGGCAUAACGGCGAACACAACAACUCAAAGUGAAACAAAGAGUGCCUUGGUCACCUCGCAGAGGGCUAAAUGUGUUCGCAACUCACAACCUUCCCUGGAGUCCGAGGAGGAGAGAGCAGCCAAGCGCAGAGAGCACUGGCGGUUAAAAAAGCGAGAGCAGAGAGCAAAAAUGGCAGCUCGGAUAGCGAAAGCCAGAGAGAGGACGCAGAGCGCAGAGAUAACUUUACAGAGGCAAACAGCACAAACAACAGGAGUCGUGGGCGGCACGAUUCGCCAGCAUCUUCCAUCUCAGUCGUUUUUGAGAAGAGCAGGCCAGAAGCAGUGUCCUACUCGAGUCAAACCUUCAUUUACAUCUGCCAAAAGCGAAAAUGAUAAACUGCAAAGAGGGGCAGCAAGUUUAGCUACAGUUAACCUGCAAACACAUCAGAUAAAAGUACAUCCACAUGGGAAUAGGACGACACAGCCAGCCAUCAUAUCUGAUGUUAUUUCUGGGAAAAAGCCAGGGGAGUCGCAUAGAAAGUUUCCAAGUUAUGUACAUCUUUCUAAUGUUUCCAGAGGGAUCACACGAUGUAAAACACCUAGACAGAGGUUCAUCGAAAGCCAGAAGAAUUUCAUGAAUCAAAGAAACAUAAAAUGUAAAUCCCCGUUGCUUGCUUCAGUCUUUGGUAGCAGAAAUAUCCCCAAAAUCGACCCUAACGACACACCUGAGCAGAUAAUAGCAAAACGGAGAGAGUACUGGAGAAUUAAAAAGCGUGAACAGCGAGCUAAGCUGUCAAUGGAGGUGAAGGCUCGGUUGAAGGAGAAGGACUCUCUGAUGCGAAGACUGAAACGUUACCAGAAAAUCCUAGAGGAGAUGAGGAGGGCCAGAGCGCUGACGCAGUCCGCAGGAAGCACCCAUACCCAUGCCUCUGAGACCAUUGGAGGGUUCAUCAAAGAGGAUGGCACGGUGACCAAUAACAUUCCCCAGGUUCCUACAGAUCAUAGCACAGCAGCACACAAAAGUAAAGAAGAGUUUCAUGUAGUUUCUAAUAAUACCCCCAUCACAAAACCUCAGCAUCAACCUGAUACUAAACGGAGAGUUAUUGCCCCCAGCCAGCCCCCCCCUCCGCUCCUCCCAGCUCAGGUGAAAGUCUCUUUUCCUCUUGCUGGACAGUUGGUCAGCAAGCCUCCAAGACUACUGUCAAUCAAACCAAGGACUCAACUUGAAAGCACAAGUGUUCCUAAUUCACGCUCAUUAGGAACCCAAAAUGUUGGUCAGCUCACACUCACUCAUCCUCAAACCCCUGAAAAGGCCGUUUCUGGAGGCUCAACACCAGGGUCAAACCUUGGUUGCUGUGUCAUGAAAAUGGCCGUCUCAAGUAGAGCGUCAUCUCUAUUGGCACUCUCUCUGGAUCCAGAGUUGACAGAGGAGGAGAGGAUGGCAAAGAAGAGGGAGUACUGGAGGAUAAAGAAACGUGAGCAGCGAGCAGCUCGUGCUGCUCGGCUCAAGCAGGGUGUCUUACAAGCGAGGGCCAACGUGGCCUUACAGAGGAGGAAGGCCCAGAAGCAAGCAGCAGUAACCACUGUACCGCUGAGCAGAAGGCUUACUAAACAUACAGGAAAUGCACAAUCUCUCCCCAACAACUGUGUGCCUGUUAAACCACAUGCAAGUGAAAUAAAACAAGAGUGUGAGCCUAUGCCAGCUGUUGACCUUAAUGCUCAACCGGAACAAGCCAGCUGUCCAGAUAUCAAACCCCCAACCUCCGCAACACCACCUCCAGUGCUGCAGCCAGAGCCUGACCCAGCUGUGAAUGCAGACAGCCAAGCUACCACUCUGCUAGCCGUGGCCUCCAUGAAGAAACUCCUGGAGGAAUCACUUAGCACUGUGACAGAGUGUAAAAGUCAGCAGACUGACAUUAAAAAAGAGUCUACGGAAGAGGCUUCAGAGCCAGAGGUGAAGCCACAUUUACCUCAGCUCUUUUAUGAAAAGGAUGAGGUGGCUCCUAUUGCAGAAGACCUGAUGCUUGAGAUAAAAAGCUGGCCGCCAGAUACUGAUGCCUUGGUACAAGACGGCCCUCAUGUUGAUGACUCAUUGCAGACUAGUGAGACACUUCCGCUUCUUCCUACCUCCAGUGAGGUAGUCCUGUAUCACACCUGUGAGCACUCAUCCCAAAUCCAUUCUAACUUCAUAGUAAACCCCUCCAAGGAAGCCUCUGAAAGCCCAUCUUCACCACGCCGAACCCCAAGGCUUCGCACCAAAAAAGCAGGCCAUCAAAACUGCUGUUCGCCGGAGCCGCCAAAGCUACAUCACCUGCCCAUGGAGCAACUCCAACCACAGCAGCAACACAGUGAACAACAGUGCCAGGCACAAGAACAAUGCCAGAACAGCAAUCUGCCAUCAGCACAAACAUAUCGCAGUGUGGUGAUGGAGCACAGCGGUUUGACCAGCCUGCAGAGGAAGAGGGAGUACUGGAAGCUGAUGAAGAGGCAGCAAAGGGCCAGGUCAAAGGCCAGGCAGAAAGAAAGACAGGGAGAAUGCAGCAAUCGGCUUUCCCAGAAAAACAGCCAGGAUCCAGGUCUUGUUAUAGUCAACACUAUUAAUGGUGUAAAUCAGCCCAAGCUAUCCGUUGCUUCUCUGACUGCACUGACCAGUAUCCCUACGAUGCUGGUUGUUAGCCCUACAACAUGUAAUAUUGAACCUGACACACUCCAGGUCAAAUUGCCUGUCACCAGUGUCUCCAGUUCAAACAGAAGUGAGCAGAACAACAUGAAUGUUGGGGCUUCACAGAUCAUGUCCACUCCAGAGAAUCAGCAACAAGCCAUGCCAGGGUCACCAAAGUGGAUGUCUAGAAGCACAGAUGUAGACUCAGCCCCCUCCCUACCCACUCUGAAGCCCCCAGACAACCCACUCUCCAAGAUCAACCUACAACCCAUUGAACCCCCUGGUCAAACUCCACAUUCCACCCUGAGUCCAAUAAAAAUCCCUUGUGCCCAACUUCAGAGCCCCACAGAUGUGACACAAUCUCCCACCAAGCUGGCACCUACAAGCACCAUGGUCCCACCAAAGCCCAUCCCUGGGGAGUCCGAAGAGGAUUUUCUGCGGAGGAAGCGGGAGUACUGGAGGAUAAAAAAGAAGGAGCAGAGAGCCAGGAAGGCCAAUCAGCAUAAGGGAAUCACCCCAAGGAGAGCCUCCAACAACUGGAGACCCAUCCUGCCUGCCCAGGACCUACAAACACAAGACUCUGGUCAGUGGGUGAGCUCCUCUGAGGAGUCAGAACAUCUAAUGAGCACUUCAGUGGAUACCGACCUGGGAUCCUUUCAAUACUCACAUUACACAGCACCAGUAGAAGAUGAGUCUGAGCUUCUGUUCGCUGACUAUGAGAAUAAUAAUGGCGAGGAAGGUCCUGUCUCUGUUGCCGUGUGGAGGAACCGCUACCUCAUGGACUACGAUCCGCUCAACCAGCUGCUGGUGUGCAUGGUGUGUGGGGAGCUGCAGUACUCCCACAGCCUGGAGGGAGUGAGGGCCCAUAUUGAUGAGGCCCACCCGGACACCAUGACCCUGGAGCCCGUGGAGCAACAGCGAAUACUGGAGGCCUGGGACGAGCAGGUAUCCCAGCGGGAACGCUUCUUCACCAGCCAGCUCCAGCAGCAUAGCGGGGCCUUGGCAGAAGCACACAGGAACUGAUGAGCAGAGGAGAUGCCUGCAGGAGACAGCUGAAGACCAGGAGACAAAACCCACGCUUCUUUAUUAUCUUAUUUAUUUAUUGUCAUUUUUAUCACUUUGUUUACCUUCAGAGGAAGUCGUCUUGAAAAUUAAUGCUCUAGAGGGAACAUUCACCCCAAAAAGCAGCUUUACCUCAUUUCCUGCCGGGGUUGUAAUGUGAGUUUAUGAAAGUCAAUAUGGCUGUUAUUUAUACUGAAGCUGCCACAACUGAGAUUUUGUGAUAAUAUUAUUUAAAAUAUUUAAAGGACAGGUCCGACAUUCUGGGAAAUACAGUCUUCAUGCUACGCUAGGCUUCCUGGACCUAACUAGGACGGGGAGUUCAAUCAAAUUUUUAUUUUCAAUUUAAAUGUUGACCUCCACAGAUAUAAAAACAAGAUAUUCAAAUCUAGCGGCUGGCGAACUUCUCCUCUUCUCUUAGUUGAACAACUUACAUAUUAUUUAUACUUUUUCUGACUCACUGUUGGUUGAAGUCACUGCAACAUCCGACAGUUGAAUGUCUCUCCUCUAAUGUCUCUGCUCCGUGUGUGUGUGUGCUAAACCUUACUCUGUAAUGGACACUGAAUACAUUUCAUUUUCAUUUUACUUCCUCAAAUCAAUUAUUCCUUUAAAUUUGGCCAACAGCUAUAGCAUAAUCCGAAUCUCUCUGAAAACAGCAUUUAGACCCUCAGAGGAGAAGGAAACCUCUAACAUUUGCUGAACAGCGGCCACAGAGGACAAUCGCAUGAUCAUAGCAAUUUUUCCUCAUUUCCCAAGAUUCUCUUGAGGCAGUCAGGUCAUUAAGGAAUACAAUGAAACAUUUAAAUGAUUUAUCAGGUUUUGAAGGAUGUGUUUCCAUAGCUCUUGUCAGAAUCACAUCUGAGUUGAACAACACUGACAUAUUUAUAUCUGAUGGUUACAAUAAAUUAUACAGUAAAUUUAAAUAGAACCACCAUAUCAGCCAGCUAUAAGAAAAGAAACGGUGUCUCUCUCACACACACACACACACACAACUCGAGAGUUCAAGAGUUUGUAGGUUCUGAUAGUGGCUAUAUAAUUUUGUUUUCUCUGCACUUUUGGCAGGCAGACAUUCAGGUCUAAAACUGUUCUAGACCCUUGUUAGUUCUUGGAUUGUUGCAUGGGCGUCUGGAGCUGUUCCACAUGUUAUUGUAUGUGGUUCUGCAACACGUUUUCCAAAUCCAGGACCUUGCAUAUAUUCAAUGAUGACAACUUUUUGUAUUGAGGCACCUUUUUUACAGUCACUUUCCCAUCUCUUGCAGUUCAUAUCAUCUUAACCAUGUGACAUGAAACAUCAACAUUCUGCACUGUAAAUACACAACAUACGAAAGUGGUUAUGAGAUGCCAAAUGUAUCUUUAACUGUGCUGUUUCACAAUGUUUUGAGCUACUUUAUUAUUUAUUGAAUCUCCUCUUAUAUAGGCCUAAUGAUUAUUGAUGAUGCGUUGUUCAUAUCCGUAGAUAGUUCCAUGUUAGAGAAGUUUCUCAUUUGUGAGUACUGAGGGUCCAAAGGCUUUCCUGCAUGAGUAGUAAAUGGAUGAACAGUUAUAUAGCAGAGAUGAACUCUGGAAUGCAUUCCCAUGUUUUUGUAUGAUUUUCACUAAGAGUAAAAUGCUGAAAUAAUCUUCUGUUUGAGCACAAAGCUGUGGCGGUCGGUAAUGCCUGGAGAAACUGCCUGCACAGCUACAACACAGUGGGAAUGGCUGGAUGUGACCAUGCUAUUAUACCUCUGAGAAUGUAAUUCUGACUUGACUUGUUUACCAGUUCAAAGGGAAUGUUUAAAUGCCUUUUCAGUAAUAAACCUUUUCUACCUUU